CCGACAAUGGAGUCGACUAGAGCAGGUACUGCACCCAACGACCCGACCGUCACCAGCAUCAUCGGAGACUCGCCGGCACCACCGCCUACCUCGCAGCCAGGUCCCACACAAGAUGAAUUCACCCCCGAAGCCUUCGCCCUCCUCGUCAAGAAGCUCGUCCUCCACCCGUCCACCUUCACCCUCGACGACGUCCGCACCGCGUUCGACCACCUCGCCCACCCAAACGGCGCCCACCCGUCCCAGGUCGGCGCCUUCCUCUCGGCCCUGCGCCUCACCGCCAAGGACGGCCAGCCCCAGGUCGUCGCAGAGGUCGCCCAGGUCAUGCGCCGACACGCCCUCGCCGUCCACGUCGGCGACUAUGGCGACGGCCCCGUGUGCGACAUUGUCGGCACCGGCGGCGACGGCCACAACACGUUCAACGUCAGCACCACGGCCGCCAUCGUCGCCGCUGGCGCAGGCCUGCGCGUCUACAAGCACGGCAACAAGGCGGCAACGUCGUCGUCUGGCUCGGCCGACAUCCUCCUCUCGCUCGGCUGCCCAGUCACGACCCUCCCCCCCUCGUCCCUGUCGACCGUCGCCUCUCGCUCGCCCUUCCUCUUCCUCUUUGCCCCCUCGUACCACCCAGCCAUGGUGCGCGUCGCACCGAUCCGCAAACAGCUCGCGUUCCCGACCGUGUUCAACGCGCUCGGGCCCUUGAUCAACCCGGCGCGGCCGGCAGCCAUGAUUGUCGGCGUCCACUCGGAGUACCUCGGCGAGGUGUUUGCCGAGGCACUCCGCAUCACGGGCGUCGAGAGGGCGUGGGUCGUGUGUGGCGCAGAGGGCCUCGACGAGAUCAGCCCGGCAGGCGACACGCACGUGUGGGACCUCAACGCCGGCACCAUCACGCGGCGAGUCGUGCACCCUCGCGAUUUCGGCCUGCGCCCAACCCCGCUCAGCACAGUCGCGGGCGGGACCCCGCUCGACAACUCUCUCACGCUCACCUCGCUCCUCGACGGCAACCUCGAGCGCGACACACCGAUCGAGACGUUUGUCGUGCUCAACGCUGCCGCGCUCCUCGUCGUUGCGGGCAAGGCGAGGGACGAGAGGGAGGGGGUCGAGAUGGCGAGGAGGAGCAUCGAGGAGGGGGGCGCAAAGAGGGCGCUCGAGGCGUUCAGGGAGGCGGGGCAGGAGGCGGUCCGCAGGGCCGAGGAGGCGCAGGCGAGCGCGUGA